AUUAAUUUUUUUUCCCUUCCUUUUCCCUUUCAUUUGGUGCUACUUUCUCUCUCCCUCUCUUCCAUCUUGACUCUGUGUGGGCAGGCUGUUGCUCCUCCCCGUCCUCCUCUUCCCAAAGAGGAAAGCUUUGCAUGGCGUCCUCGCACUGACACUAAAGUGACCAACCUGUUGCCGGUGCCCAUCAUGGACUGUGUGUACCUGAGUACACCCAAGCCUUAUGUGCAGCGUGCAUCACCAAAUGCCAGUGCACGGUGUUACUUCUCAUCACCUACCCCCUUUGGGGCCAUCUCCAGUGGGAAGCAAGGCUUGUCAGCAGGGCAUUCUCCCUCUUCAGGCCCCAAAGAUGAGGUGCAUGCUGGGCAGCCACUCUCAGAAAGUCAUUCUUCGUUGGAUACAUCAUCCAUACAAUGCAACCCUGCCAGGGCAGAUCCCAGUAGUAAGACUGGAAUGAAUUCCAGUCAUGAGACGAAGGCAGAUAAAAAGGUCACCAAACUAUAUGUAGCUUGUUUAUCUAACAACACUUGCUCAGCCGCAUCUGAAAAUUCCACUGGCACCACACACGAUCCAGCAGCCAGUACCAGUUUGGGUGCUGAGCUCACUCAGGCACCAGCCACCAACGUUGUUUCCUCUGUAACAGAUACUGGAAAGUCUCUUCCUGCUCCUCCUCCUCCUGUUCCUCCCAGGCCGUAUUUUUACAUUGUCCUCAGUAAAGACGCAGUUAGUUAUGGUGCGGGCCAGCCCUCCUGGACUCAGUCGUCACCUCCGCAGGCUGUGAGGGACAGAGUGCUAGAGCCCCAGAGCACAGCUGCCACAGAGGACAGGAUGAAAAAAGAGCCUUACCUUACUCAGCAGCGACAGCCACCCUACAAGGCAAUGGGACGCAGCAUGGUACAGGUUUUCUCCAUAACCUUGUUUUCUUUCAGCCGUGUGAACGGUUCUUUAAUGCAUUACAAUGUUUUCUUAAUGCUUUAUUUCCUCCUACCUAAUUCCUGAGCACUCUGUGCCAUCUGAGUCUUGGAGUAUUCUAUUCAAUAAUACUUAACACCCCUUGUGCACCCUCCCAACAUUAUCUGUGUGUUUGUGUAUGUGUGGUGCUUGCAGGGGCUUGGGUUGAGCUGGUGAAGAUCUUCCUAGUUUAGGGAGGUGUGAAAGAAGCAAACUGUAAUGUGAUGGUUGGUGCUUCUUAAGUGAUAGUGAAUGCAGAGCUGUUCUGUGAUUCAGCCUCACUGCACAGCACUGGAGAUGAGGGGUGAUGAGGGAAAGGAAGGUGUUUGUGAAAAACUGCGUGUAUUCAUAGAGGCCAGGGCUGCAAGACUGAAGAUGUCUCCCUUAAGGAAAGAAAAUCUGUUUGGGCUACAUAUUAAUUUGGGUGCAUCCUUGCAUGACACUAUAUGCCUGCAUUAGACUAAAGUACCAAUCUCCCCCAUUGCAUAACAACACCUUGUUUCCUACAGGAUGCCACUGCCACUACCACAGCUCAGCCUGGGGUUAUAGUAGUCCCCCUCCUC